AUGAAUGAAGCCUAUGCAUCAAAGUCAUUAGAUAUAUUUAACGAGAAAUGCUUGGAAUAUGGAAUGAAGGAUAAUAUAGUGAAUAAGGAGAUAUAUAAUAAGGUACAGAAUGUAAAGAUGUAUCAGAAUGAACAACAGGGACAAGGACAACAGAGGAGUACAUUGAACUUUAAACAACAACAACUAGAUGGUGAUUCACAUACUGUCACUGAUGUGGCAGUGGGAGCAGAUGGACUCGUAUUACAAGGAGGACUUAAUAAGAAGCCAGGUGAAGGUGGUCACACAUUCGCUGUGCCUCAGGCACGCGCAUCAGUAUUGGGUCUGGACAAGCUGGCGAUGGAGAAACGCAUUGAGCGUGAGGCAAAGGAGCGUGAGAACGCACUAAGACUACAACAACAACAACAAGAUGAUGAUAAUGGCAAUGGCAAUGACAAGGACAACAAUGGAGACUCGAAUACAUCAUUCCACAAGGUCAAGAAACAUUAUAGAGAGAUACAUGCUCAGACACCAACACACUCUGGUGGAGUCAAUCGUGAUGCGUUGGACAGGAUUGAGGAGCGCAACAGAGACCGAGAUAGAGACCGUGACAGACGUGGCAUCACAUACUCAUCACGUGACAACAACAACUACCAUCGCAAUGAUGAUCGACGAGAUAACAACAGAGAUUGGGAUCGUGAUCGUGAUCGUGAUCGCAACGACCGCGAACGCGACCACAAUGACCGCGACCGCAACGACCGUGAUCGUGAUAGAUACAGAGACAAUAGAGAACAGAGUGAGAGGAGUAGACCAAGAGAUGAUCGUGGUGGAUACACGCCAAGCAGGAGGAAUGAGUCAUCAUCCUCAUCAACACCUUAUAGAGAUGGCCGCAACGAUAGAGAUGGCAGUGUGAGGAGAGAUGGCGGAAGGAAUGACUCCAGUCGCCAGUUUGACACCCCUUCAAGGCGCGAACAUGACACGCCUUCAAGAAGAGGCGGCGGGGACUAUCCCAACAACAACAACACAAACCCCAAUGCAACUCCUCAGCGACAUGGAGGCGUCCACAGAGACAGCAGCUCCAAGCCAUAUCCUCGAUCAAAAUAUGAGACCCCACAACGACGAGGUCAGAAUGAUGAUGACCGCGAUGACUUCAAGGGCACUGGCGGUGUCCAAGACAACAGCAACAGACGAAAGUAUGACGAGGAUGAUGAGGAGUUUGAUCGUGACUACUAUGACGCAGACGAGGGCGAGGGCGCAGUGCACGACCAGAGGGACGGCGGUCCAUUCCUCGGCGACGAAGCCAAGUUCAAAAAGAUGGAGGAGGAGAUGCAGAAGCGACAGUCGCGACGAAUGAGCACCAAAGCCAAGCAGAAGAACGAGGACAACUCUCGAUGGGAGGCCAAUCGAAUGAUGCAAUCGGGUAUCAUGGUGCAGAAGGAACUCGACCUGGACUUCACCGAGGAGGAAGAGGACCGUAUCAACUUGAUCGUGUCCAACUCGGUGCCCAAGUUCCUUGAGGGUACAGCUGCAGCUGCCGCCUCGUCCCAGCGCGCGGUCAUGACCGUGAAGGACGCCACCUCGGACUUGGCCAUCAUCUCAAAGAAGGGCAGCAUAUUGCUGCGCGACUACCGCGACAAGAAGGACAGGAUCAAAGGUCAGAAGAAGGUGUGGGAGCUGGGCGGCACUGCCCUUGGCAACAUCAUGGGCAUGAAGAAGGAGAGCGAUGACGACAACCCCGAGAUCAAACAAGGCGAGGCAGAAGUCGUCGACGACAAGACGGGCGACGUGGUCAACUACAAGAGCAACUCGCAGUAUGCCUCUCACUUGAAGAAGGCUGAGGCUACCAGCGAGUUUGGCCGCACCAAAACAAUCAAGCAGCAGCGCGAGUACCUCCCCGUCUAUGGCUGCCGCAAUGAGCUGAUGCGAAUCAUCGCUGAGAACAACGUGGUAAUCAUUGUGGGAGAGACUGGCUCGGGCAAGACCACGCAGCUCACCCAAUACCUGUACGAGGAGGGCUACGCCGCCUUUGGCAAGAUUGGCUGCACGCAGCCCCGUCGUGUCGCUGCCAUGUCCGUGGCGAAGCGUGUGGCUGAAGAGAUGGGCGUGACUCUGGGCGAGCAGGUCGGAUACGCGAUCCGUUUCGAAGACUGCACGACCAAGGACACGGCCAUCAAAUACAUGACGGACGGUGUGCUGCUCAAGGAGUCUCUGAACGACGCCAACCUGGACAAGUACUCAGCAAUAAUCAUGGACGAGGCGCACGAGCGCUCGCUCAACACUGACGUGCUGUUUGGAAUCCUACGCAAGGUGCUGACGCGUCGCCAUGACCUCAAACUGAUCGUCACGUCGGCAACAAUGGACGCCAAGAAGUUCGCCAUGUUCUUUGGCGACGUUCCCAUCUUCAACAUCCCUGGUCGAACUUUCCCCGUCGAUGUACUGUGGAGCAAGACGCCGUGCGAGGACUUUGUCGACGCUGCCGUCAAGCAGGCGCUGUCCAUCCACGUCACACAUCCUGAAGGUGACAUCCUUAUCUUUAUGACCGGUCAAGAGGACAUUGAGUGUACAUGCGCCACAAUAGAGGAGCGCAUGAAGCAGUUGGGCACGGACGCACCGCCCCUACUGCUACUGCCCAUCUACUCUCAGCUGCCGUCCGACCUACAGGCCAAGAUCUUUGACGCCGCCGAGAAGGGCACACGCAAGUGCAUCGUCGCCACCAACAUUGCCGAGACCAGUUUGACUGUGGAUGGCAUCAAGUACGUGAUCGACACAGGCUACAGUAAGCUCAAGGUGUACAAUCCACGUGUUGGUAUGGACGCGCUCCAAGUGACGCCCAUCAGCAAGGCCAACGCCAACCAGCGAUCGGGUCGCGCUGGACGUACCGGACCAGGUCGCGCGUACCGCAUGUACACAGAGUCUGCUUUCAAGAAUGAGAUGCUGGACAACAACAUACCCGAGAUCCAGCGUACCAACUUGGGCAACGUCGUGCUCAAUCUAAAGUCGAUCGGUGUGAAGGACUUGCUGGACUUUGACUUCAUGGACCCGCCACCUGCGGACAACAUCCUCAAUUCAAUGUUCCAGCUUUGGGUGCUUGGCGCCCUGGCCGACGACGGCGGCAUCACCUCGCUUGGCCGCAAGAUGGUCGAGUUCCCACUCGACCCGCCUCUCUCCAAGAUGGUCCUGUUCUCCGUGACCAAGGGCUGCGCACAAGAGAUCGUCACAAUCGUCUCGAUGCUGUCCAUCCCCACCGUGUUCUUCAGGCCCAAGGGUGCCGAGGAGGAGAGUGACGCUGCACGCGAGAAGUUCUUUGUGCCCGAGAGUGACCAUCUCACCCUGCUGCACGUCUAUCAACAGUGGAAGAUCAACAACUAUAGCGCCCAAUGGUGCAACGAGCACUUUAUACAUGUGAAGGCGAUGAGAAAGGUGCGCGAGGUGCGUGGCCAGUUGAUGGAGAUCAUGGAGACCCAGAAGCUGCCAGUGGAGUCCUGUGGUACCGACUGGGACGUGGUGCGCAAGGCCAUCUGUUCAUCAUACUUCCACCACUCAGCCAAGAUCAAGGGCAUUGGCGAGUACGUCAACAUGAGAACUGGCAUGCCGUGCUUCCUGCAUCCAACCAGCGCGCUCUAUGGUCUGGGCUACGCACCCGACUACAUUGUCUACCACGAGCUCGUGAUGACCACCAAGGAGUACAUGCAGAUUGUGACGGCCGUCGACCCCAAGUGGCUGGCCGAGCUAGGUCCCAUGUUCUUUACAAUCAAAGAGUCAUUCAAACAGCGUGCCGCCAGGAAGAAGAGACAGAAAGAGAUGGGUGAGGGAGGCGAAGACGACGAAGAAGACGAUGAUGAUGAAGCGGAACAAAGUGACGAUACUGAUCAACUUGAGAAGUUGGUGUCUGGAAAGCCUACACAACAGAGAAGAUCAUCCAAGUAUCAACGAUUGACAUUCGAGGAGCAAAAGACGACGCCCAAGGCUGCCGCACCCAUAGCGAUGCCAGGAAGCGUACGUGGCAACACACCUGGCGGGGCAACACCUCGCAGGACGCCAUCCAGAUUUGGCCUGUAA